CCGCGGCCCUUCAUCAGCAGGGGAGGACACACAGAGCGUGUCACCAGGCUAGAGGCUCCGGACGACGACUCCUGCUCGUCUUCACAUUCUUCUAAUACCUCGCUCGCCCGGGUAUGGCAGAGUCCGGUGGCGGCGGCGGCGGCGUAGAGGACGCCGGCUGCCUGCCACCGAGCCACACAAACAACGGUGGUGAUGGCGCCGGAAACCUGCCGCCGAGCCACGCCAACGGCGGUGGUGAUGGCGCCGGCAGCACGUGGGAGAUAGAGGAGCUGGAGGAGCCGGACGAUCGGCCGCCGCGGAGCGUCGCCGUCGCCGCGGCCUCCACCGCGUCCUCCGGUGCCGACGACGACGUGUACGUGGCGGUCGGCAAGGGCGGCUCCAGCAUGGCCGCGCUGUCCUGGGCGCUCCGACGGCUCACCAAGCCGCGGAGCUUCGUCUACCUCGUGCACGUCUUCCCCGUCGUCACCAGCAUCCCCACCCCAUUAGGAAUGAUGCCUAAGAGCCAAGCAAGCCCAGAGCAGAUCGAAACUUACUUGAAUCAAGAGAGAUCAAAGAGGCGACAGAUGCUGCAGAAAUUCUUGGACCAGUGCCGCAAAUUUCAGGUUACCGUUGAUGUGUACCUCAUCGAGAGCGAUCAGAUUGCUAAUGCAAUCAUCGAACUUGUUCCUAUUCUGCACAUUAAACUGCUAGUGUUAGGGGUUUCAAAGUCAAAUGUGCGGAAGAUGAAGAGAGGAACCACAAUAGCAGGACAGGUACAGAAGAGCACACCCCUCUACUGUGAAGUCAAGAUCAUCUGCGAUGGCAAAGAGGUGACGACGGAGACGACCGCUGACCCAACACCACCACUGUCACCUUCUCCUGUUAACAACAACAGCAGAUCCAACAACCCGACACCACCAUCAUCUACACCAAAUCACGAUAAAACAGGUGCAAAUGGUGACAGAAAAUACAAUGAACCCAGAGAGAGAAAGAAAAUCACAAAGUUUCUGAGAUGUUUCUCGUUAUGAUUAUUUGUCAUGUUCCUGUUUCAUUUACCUUCUCAGAGCUAGCACACUGUAUGCAUCAUGAUUGGACAGUAUAAGUUUGUGAUUAUCAUUUUUGCCAAUGCUUCUGUUACUGGAAGUUCUUGACUUCUUGUGUACAAAAAGAGAUUUUCAUGUACAUGUGGAAACCUUUUAGCA